AUGAACUCACCAUCAUCGUGUUCUUUCACAUCUUUAUCAUCAAAUUUAUCAUCAUAUUUUCCUAUAUUCAAUACAUCACAACCACAGCAAAUUCAAUGGAAAGAAUUCACGCGACUGUUUUCUAAUCGAUUGUAUUCCCGUGGAUUUGAUUUAGUAAAAGCGUUUCCUGCACAAAGAUACAAUGCCAAAAUAUUGUCAAACAUUUCUCCUUUGCCUUCAUACAAAAGAAAUAGCACAUUAGCUAUUGUCAUCGCAAAUACAAAGCAUUUAUGGCCGUAUUUCCUUCAAAAUCUCUAUGAGCAAUCCCGGAUGCAUAUUAAAUGGGAUAAAAAUCCAUUAGAUUUUUACACGAAACAUUCGGUUACUGAGUCAGUAAAUGAAGUUUUAAGCAUAAUUGGUCGAAAUGAUGUCAAAUUUGAUAUACGUCAUACGUUUGAUAUGGAAAAAUCGAGAUUUGUAGCGUUUCAAUUAUUGGCUCAUGAGGCAGGACUGGCUUAUUAUAAUCGUUCUUGUUGUUUAAACAUUCAUGAAAUUGCUGGACCAUGGAUUGGAUUAAGAUCUGUUGUAACAUUUGACAUCGAAGGACCAUCGAUAUCCGAUACCAAUAUUCCGCUAGAAAAUCCUUAUCCCGAAGGCGAUUCAUUACUAAAAGCAAAAUUAUUUACCAUUCUACAUCCAAAACACUAUACUUCUUCCAGUAAAGAGAGAAAAAAAUUAACAGCAAAUGAUAUUAGUCGAGAUUGGUAUCAAUGGGUUGAACUAAGAGAUUUAGCUUCUGGCUUUAUGUCUGAAGAAGCACGAAUCAAGUGGAGAUAUUCCGAUGAUCAAAUAGAAUAUCACUAUACAAAAAAUUUAAGUAAAUUGCAAGAAAUUUUGUUAAACUUACCAGAGAAUAAUCUCUUCACAAAAAAGGAGCACUAG